AAAGCAGUGAGUUUAUUAUUUCCAGUGGUGGUUUUGCUUCAUAUAUUUUCAGAUCUACAUUUCAAAGCUGCAGCUACAUCGAAACCAGAAAUAAUUUAAACAGGAAGAGGAAGUUCUGACCUACCUACCUAUCUUAGUUGUAUUUCAGUCUGAUGCUCAGUCAGUCAGCACUGAGACAACAUGGAGGUCACAGCUCUCUGCCUCAGACUGAUGAUGGAUGUGUUGGUCCUGCUGGCUGCACAAAGCCACAGUCACUUUGUUCAGACAGCUGACACUGCUUUCCCUCGUGUUGUUCCAGACAGACUGCAGUUUUAUGAAUACGACACAGUCUCGAUAAGCUGUGAGGAGAUCGAUACAUUUUCUAAGUGGAGAGUGAUGAGGAAAAUCAAUAAAACAGUUCAAACAAAUUCUUCUGACUGCAACACACCAGCACCAUCCUGCACAAUUUAUCCAGCCUUUGAAAGACACAGUGGAGAGUACUGGUGUGAGAACGAAGCAGGAGAGAGGAGCAGUGCUGUCAACAUCACCAUCACUGCUGGUUUUGUGAUCCUGGAACUUCCUCCUCGUCCUGUGAUGGAGGGAAACGAUGUGACUCUACACUGUAAAAACAAGAAAACAGAGUCACAGCACAUAGCUGAUUUCUACAAAGACGGUUCCAGUCUCGGGACCUCUUAUGACAGCAACAUGACCAUCCGAAAUGUCUCCAAGUCUGAUGAAGGACUCUACAGGUGCAGCAUCUCUGGAGCAGGAGAAUCACCAGAGAGCUGGCUGACCGUUUUAAAGAAAAAUGAAGAACCUUAUGGAGAGACUCCUCUCACCCACAGUCAGUCCCUGAAUCCUCUCACCCUGCUCUGGACUGUUGCAGUUUCAUUAGUGGCUCUGCUGCUGUUGAUAAUGGGCCUGCUUCUCUGUAGGAAACACCAAGUAUCUGUCUGUUUUUCAUCUGGAAAAACAAAACCAGGUUCACACUCACAUGAGGAUCACACAGUAUCUGUAUCAAAUGCAGCUGAUUCCACCGAUGUGACAUACGCUGUUGUUAAAACCCACAGGAAGAAGAGAGAGACCGACGGGUCCAGAGCAGGUACAGAGGAGAAUGUCAUCUACUCUCAGGUCACCUUCAGGCCACCGACACCGGACUAAAGGACAGAGGAGAUGAAGAGACGCUCUGUUCAAAGCUCUGCUGAUGUAUGUUAAUGUUUUCAUGUUUGCAAGGGAGGCAGGUCAUACCAUACAAUCACAGUGAUGCUGCAGGAAAGACUGCUAACUACAUGUUUUUCUUUGCUGUAAGAGAGUCAAUCUUUCAGCAGUGGCUUUAGUUCAACUUCAGAGAAAAAUCCCCAGAAAACAGGUUUUGAAGUUGUAUAGAAACUUGUCUAAGAGCAGGAAAUGUUUCAGUUCUUUAAAAAGAGAAAGGUUAGAGUCAGGUGUUCGUGUCAGUUCCUCGUGGUUAAAUGAUGAGGUCUUCUUUCUAAAGCAGCCACAAUCACAGAGUGUAACCUCUACAGCCACAGAGGACUGUUAUAUUGUGGAAAACAUUUUUUAAAAAGCCUACACCAUGAAAUUAAAAUAAUUUAAAGCAGUCAAGCGGUUUAUAUUAACCUUCAUCAGUCUUCAUCUGGGGCCUUUGCUUUCGUCACAUCAUCAGUGUCUAAGAUGAGCAGUUUGUUAACAGUUGAAGCACAUUGUUCCAUCUGUUCACACAUCUGAUGCGAUGCGGUUUUAAAAAAAGACAAAGCUGCUGCACUGUGGUCAGUUACCAACAUGAUGCUGUUGUAUCUAUCUGUAUGUUUCCAUAUUAAACCACUGACAUCAGUUCCCCGUCUGCUCACUAAUGCUAACCUGUGGCUUGGUCAUCAGCGCUUCCGACAGAGAGACCUCAAACCACAUUCAGUUUAACACAGAGCUCUGACACAGAGCGCUCAGCUCAGGUUCAACUCAGGGUAACUGACAAAUUAAAUCACAUGAUAAUCUCGUCUACUAUGAGCCCUUUGGGUUUCAUCACACUUCAGUACAGACGUGGACAGCAGACGUACAAUGACCUCCUGACAGAGAGGAAAACCACUUUGGCGUUUGAAAGAGUAUAUAGCACAAGUACAGUCGGCACAAAAGGUCUGUGUAGACCCUCAUGGACCUGAGCUGAUGACAACAUUUCCGACUGACCUGAUGAAUGCUUUUCAUAUUUUGGGGAGUCUGCAAUGUUUCAUUGUCUCUACAGUACAUGAGUACAUGCCUCUCCAUCAACACUGCCAACUCUAAAUCCACUGAAUGCUGCUGUGCAGUAAAAUCCUGAGCAUAAAUUCAGUGAUGGAAAUCUAUACAUUUCCAUUUAAGUAAUGUAAUGGAGGUUACACACCAAAGCGUGCAGAAGAGGAGUCGUGUUUUACAGCUUUUAAAGGGAGUAUUUUUAUUUCAUGUUUUGUAAUUGUUGUGUUUAUCUCAUGACACUUCUGAUUACUUGAUGCUCAUUGUCAUUCUGUUAUAGUUGUAUAUACAUAUACACCAUACUUGUUUUACAGGAUUAUCUGCAGCUGUAAAAUAUUUCACCACUUCCAAGCCUGAGGGACCAUUGAUGGUUCAGUGCUGCCACCUACUGUUCUAACAUUGUAGCAACUUAUGUUUUAUGCUUUGUACAGUGCUUUAUAUCAAUACUAUACAUUAUUCACAAUUAAAAUAUUAUUUUAAUACUGUACCCAUGAUUCUGAUGUUUUGUAUACAUUU